ACUUGUUUUCGAACACGGCACUAUUAUUUGAUGUGGAUAACAUAUAUUUAUCGCCCCCUUGUGUUUUGAAGCAAAAUGCUCCAUGUUUAAGAAAGUCGAGGAAAAUGAGGGUAAAUAGGGGCAAGUACAAAGAAUGUAAGCAACGUCUCCGGAAAAAAUUGUUUUCGAAUACUGUACCAUUAUUUGAUGUGGAUAACAUAUAUUUAUCGUCCCAUCGUGUUUUGAAGCAAAAUGGUACACAUUUAAGAAAGUCGAGGAAAAUAAGGGUAAAUAGGGGCAAGUACGAAAAAUGUAAGCAACGUCUCCGGAAAGACUUGUUUUCGAACACGGCACCAUUAUUUGAUGUGGAUAACAUAUACUUAUCGCACCAUCAUGUUUUGAAGCAAAAUGGUACACACUUAAGAAAGUCGAGGAAAAUAAGGGUAAAUAGGGGCAAGUACGAAAAAUGUAAGCAACGUCUCCGGAAAGACUUGUUUUCGAACAAGACACCAUUAUUUGAUGUGGAUAACAUAUAUUUAUCGCCCCAUCGUGUUUUGAAACAAAAUGGUACACGUUUAAGAAAGUCGAGGAAAAUAAAGAUAAAUAAGGGCAAGAAUGAAAAAUGUUACCAACGUCUCCGGAAAGACUUAAGGAGACUCGAAAACUUUGUUCAACAGCUACGAAGCUGUCGAAAUCAUUGCUCGGCUUCGACUAGCUCGCAAGAAGGGUUGGGAGAAGACGACUCAAACAAAUUUGUUCAACAGCUACGAAGCUGUCGAAAUCAUUGCUCGACUUUGACCAACUCGCAAGAAGGGUUGGGAGAAGGCGACUCGAAAAACUUUGUUCAACAGCUACGAAGCUGUCGAAAUCAUUGCUCGACUUCGACCAACUCGCAAGAAGGGUUGGGAGAAGGCGACUCGAAAAACUUUGUUCAACACCUACGAAGCUGUCGAAAUCAUUGCUCGACUUCGACCAGCUCGAAAGAAGGGUUGGAAGAAGACGACUCGAAAAACUUUGUUCAACAGCUACGAAGCUGUCGAAAUCAUUGCUCGACUUCGACCAGCUCGCAAGAAGGGUUGGGAGAAGGCGACUCAAAAAACUUUGUUCAACAGCUACGAAGCUGUCGAAAUCAUUGCCCGACUUCGACCAGCUUGCAAGAAGGGUUGGGAGAAGACGACUCGAAAAACUUUGCUCAACAGCUACGAAGCUGUCGAAAUCAUUGCUCGACUUCGACCAGCUCGCAAGAAGGGUUGAGAGAAGACGACUCGAAAAACUUUGUUCAACAGCUACGAAACUGUCGAAAUCAUUGCUCGACUUCGACCAGUUCGCAAGAAGGAUUGGGAGAAGGCGACUCGAAAAACUUUCUUCACGGCCUCCCGAUCGAUCUUCCCCGAGAAGUCGGGCUUAGUCAUGGCUUGCUCCCACGUAUCGCAAGCGUAAUCAAAAUAUUGGACCGCCGCGGGAACAAGCUUGUCGAGAAAGUCGGAGGAAGUACAGAACGCCUCGACCACAGCCUUGCGGUAAUGGUCGAGAAAAACUGCCCCUGGUGUGGACUUCAAGAAGGUCCGUCGACCUUCUUGAACUCUAUUUUCCCUCUCAACCAAGACCUCGUCAUUGGCCUUGAUCAGGUCGACUCUCAGCCGCCCAGCCUUUCGAACGGCUGCCUCCUUAUCAGAGUGGAGCUUGGCGAUGAUAGCAUUGGCAGCCUCGAGCUCUUCUUCCUUGGCCACGAGCUCCUCGCACUUGGCCGCGUACUUUUCUCCCAAAACCUUGACGUUAGUUUCGGGGGAAGUCGCCUCCUCGAGCAUAUAUGUCAGCGCCCCGAUUCUCAAAUUCUGAUUAAUCUGAGAAACCGUGGGAGAUAUUCAUUCAUGAUGGACUUCUUCUUGAGGUUAAGUUUAACCUCGGAGGGAGUAAAAAGUUGCAGGUACCACAGGUUGACAUACGCCGCGACGAAGAAGAGCCAAUCGACAACAACGGAUCGUGCCAUGAUGACAAACCGAUGCUUUCCAUUCAAAGAUGCCAUGCCUGAGUCUCAGUACAUUGGAAGAUUACAGAGAGAGUCUUCACCACCAGCAUUCCGAUUGGAGAUUCGUCAGCAGCCAGGAGAGGAUGACCAAUUCGCUUCAGAGUUUC